AAACUGCUUUGCGGAAUUUAUAAAGAAACCGUGGUGAGACUAUGUUUCAUCCAAAAUGGCCAGUGUUUGCUGUAUUCAUCGUCCCCAAUCACUGAUUUUAGCAUUAUUAAUAACGAUCAUGGUUGGAGUAGAAUUAUUGCACUGCGCAAGAGCAAUAACAUUGGUCAUAAGAUACACAAGGCCUUCGAUGUCAUGUCAUAUGAACACUACUGCCACUGCUCAAACACAAGAUAAGGUAACAGACACUGCACACCUACUUACGGCAGCUAUGUACGGGUUGUGUUCUAUUCUAAGGAUCAUGGAGUACAUGCCCAUCUUUAUUCAACUGUUCCUGUGGUAUAAAGAUAAGAAUCUUCAGUUUCAGUGCCAGAUGUGUUGGACACUGAGGAUUUUUCGAAGCCUCCCCGUGUCUUGAUCUUUAUAAUUCUUGUUUUCGCUGCCUGUCUAGGCUUGACUAUCCCAGUUGUUGGAACAGCAGUCGAAUUUCAUAAUGGGAAAAGGGAAGGGUGUGGUGUUACCACCUCGUUUUCUUUUUAUAUCUACUGCUUCUUCAACAUCUUUCGCUAUGCAUGGGCUUAUAACAUUAGAGCUGCGAUGGUAAUUUCCACAUUGACCAUUAAAAAGAUCUGGGAAGAAGUUCCAAAACAUGAUGGUGGCAUGACUGCCAUUAGACUGCAUGCUUCACUGACAGAUCAAUAUGUGGAAGCAGGAGAGAGAGUUAAAAGGAUAAAUGAAGUGUUUCAGGCAUGGUUUCUCUUUCCAUGGGUUAUAUUUUUUAUUGCCAGCUCGGUGGAUGCAAAGAACACUGUAGCCAUAUGGGAUGAAGACAAGGAUAAAGUCGAAAAUCUCCCAAUGAUAUACCUACUCCUUUACAACAUUAACCAAAUUCUGCUACUUCUGAUACCCUACAUGUGCGGGCGGAAAAUAAAUCAUUACAAUCGCCUCUGCGUCAUUAAAAUUCAAGAUAUACAACUGAAGCGUACACGGAGUGAUAGAUUCAGAGCUCAACAGCGAAAAAUGCUGAUACAAAGAGAGGAUAUGUUUGAUUUUGUUCCAUGUGUUUGGGGGUUGGGUUUCAAAGUUAAAAUGAACAGUUUAAUAUACAUUGUCUUUCUUUUAUUAGGAAUAUUUCUUACUAUAUUUAAUGCACUGCUUUAGCGGUUGUUUUCUUCAAAAAGUGUUGACUAUAAAUGCUAAGUCUGUUUAUGCAAUAAGUUG